AUUGUUAUUUAAUUUGCAUUCGUAUAUUUUUAAAAGCAAUAUUUCUAAAACAAAACCAUUAGUUUAGUGAUGAAAUCUCCUCGCUAAAUGAGUAACUAUUAAAGUGGGAAUAUUACUAAUAGGGUUUACCAUCCUGGGUAGUUAGGAGAACCUCAAUUGCUGCAAUAUAAUGUGAGCAAUUACAUAUAACUUCUUGUUCAAUAAAAGAAUAAUAAUUAAUAAUAAAAUAAUCAGACUUAGCAGCCUUUAUUAGGGAAUAUUAAAUAGUUAAAUAUUAUUUCUAAUUCUCAAUCUAACGCUUCUUAGCCUUGUUUAAUUUUGUAGGAAAAGUAAAUCAGCUAAAACUCUCCAUAGAAUGUUUAACUCAUAGGGAUGAACUCUUCAAAUUCAGCUAUUAAUAAUUAGUAAUAACAAUAGCAGUAAAUUGUAAAUUAGGUAAAAAAUAUUGAGUGCAAUGACAUAAAUUAUCUAUUAAAAACAUAUUUGGAAAGAGAAAAGUAAAUUAAAUUACUUCGUAAUCUAAGAAAAGAGUAUAGAAAAUUUGAAAAUUUCAAGGAAAAGGAAUUUCAGGCAUACUACUUAAACGGGUAUGACACAUAUGUUUUAAGCAUAAAGGAAGAAAAAUAAAGAGUAAUGUAGGAAGAGAGCACAAUUAAAAAAUAUUUUAAUAUAAAAGCUGACUAACUAAACUUGAAGAUUGUAGUUUUUAAUUUGAUAAACUCUAUCCUUUAAGCAAAUUAAAUAAGCUACAACGAAUUACUAGAUUAAGGAUCAGAUUAUGAAGCAAACGAUCUUUUAAAAUAAACAAAUAAAUUUAAAGAAGAAAUACAUAAAUUCAUUUAUAAAAAUUAAUUUAGGUUAACUUCUAUAAUUAUUUAUAUUUGCAAUUUUUCAAGAGCAAGAAUAUUUGCUGAGUAAGAAAGAUUUGAUUUUAUCGUCAAGAGACAUGAAGAUGUGUACAAGGAUGCAAUUAAGCAAAGAUAGGCACUUUAGUAAGCAGCAUCUAAAUAGCAUCAAUAAUAAAAAAUGCAACAGCUUUAAAAAAACUUAAGCUAAGCUAUGUCAAAUUACAAGUAAAUAAAUGGAAUAGGAGAGAAUAAUUAAAAUAUAAAUUAAAUUUAUAACUCUGUGAUGGGUCUUAAUAAUUGUAAUAGUGAAAACAGAAUGCAACUAAAAAGUGCAUAGACUUGCAUUAACUAUAAAUAAAAGGCAAGUUAAAAUAACUGCUUUUAUUAAGAGUAAUCAUCAGAUUGUAAUAUCUUAGAUUUAGAUGCUGAUGUAUUGAUUAGAGAAGAAAGCGAUACAAUUUUUAAUUUAAAUGAUGAAGAGUAAGAUGAGUUAAUAUUUAAAAGCUAAUCACCAAACAAAAUACAAAGAUCAUUUAGUAAUGAGCAAAACUUAAAUAUUAUAGAAAAUAGCAACUCAGCAAAGACCUUUAAAAAUCAGUCUAAAAAUCUUCGAAUAAAAUAAUAAAUAUCAAGUGCGAAGAGCCCUUCAGAAGCAAAAAGCAUAAAAUUAAAUCAAGCUAAUAUGUGUGACAACUCUCAAACAUCUACGACAAAUACAAUAAAAAUUAUUAAUUAAUCUACGAUGUAAAUAGUACCAGUUCCAAAAAAUAUUUUGGGAUAAUAGCUAUAAAAUUAACUUUAGACUUCUUAGAAUUUAAAAGCAAAAAUAAAUAAUUUUAAUUCACAAGGUCUAAAUAAAAUUAAUGUUAAUAAUAUAAUAAAUAUAAAUAAUUCAAGUAUUUAUUAAUAAAUUUAGAAUUAGUUAAGUUUGUUAUAGCCUAAUAACUAACUCAAUAAUUUAAGUUAUAAUAAUUAUUAUAAUAACUCACUCACAUCUAAUAUAAAUUAAGUUGUUUCUUCUCUAGGACCUGCCUCAACUUUAAGUAUAAAAUUAGCGAUUUUGAAAAAUGAAAAGUAAAAGAAGCUUUUUAAGAAAAUGAUUAGUGAAUAUGCUAUCUCAGACAUUACUUAAAGGGUAAAAUUUAAGAAAUUUAAGAUGAAAAAAGCAGAACAGUAAAAUCAAUUGUGUGAAAGAGAAGUUGAAGAGUCAUUUUACCAUUUGACUAUGCAAAAUGAACUCAUAUACUCAUCAAUAGAAGUUAAUGACACUAAAUAAAAUAUUGAUAAACUUUUUCAGGUUAUGCUUAAAUAAAAUAAUUAAAUAAAAAACACAGUUUUGCAAUACUGCAACCAAACAAAAAUUUAUUAAUAAAAAAUAACUAAAUAAUACAAACAAAAAAUAGUGGAUUAUCAUAAAAAUUAACAAGUUAGCAUUUCGAGCGGGCCAAAAAAAAGCUUUGGAAAUAUAUAAGAAUAAAAUGAUUUAUAAAUUAACAAUUAAAGAGUAAUAUAAUUUUAACAAUAAACUUGUAAUUAUCUAAUUGUAGAUUCUACUUAAUAACUUGAAAAUUUUUAGGAUAAUUUUUUUAACAAAUAAGCUUUGCAAUUAAGCAUUUACUAAUAAUAGUUUAUUAAAAAUAUCAAAAGCAAAUGGGUAAAUUAACAAUUUAUCUAGUUUGCUUCAAAGGACUCAAAAUAUCUUGAUUAAAAAUAGUAACCCUUAGAUAGACAAGCAUACAACUCAGAGCAUACAAGUUUCUCUUGCCUAGACAAUUAAUAAAAGAAGAUUGUACAUUCUAAUUCUAUGGAAUGCUUAUCUGUAAAAGGAAUUAAUUAAAUUUAAUAGUAAAGAAAUCUUAUAAUAAGAAACAAUAAUUAAUUAUCUUCUAAACAUAAAGAAAGUUCUCCCUCUAUAUUAAUUAACAACAGGUAUAACUGUGAAGAUAAAGAUAAAUAUAAAUAGCCAUUAGCAAUAUCAAGUCCAAUUAAUAAAAAUAUAUAGUAAUCUCAAACUACAAUUAGUACCUUACAGUCAGAUUAAACAUAUAAAUAAAAUUAACUUUAUACUACUUAAACUACGAAACUCACAAAUUAAGAUUCUACUACUUCUUCAUUAAAUUCAUAAAAAAUUUACUCAGAAACUCUUCCUAUCACCAACAAAAUAUCUAGUAUUUUAUUUUCUCCUCCUACACUUCCUCCAAGUGGUUCUUAAAAGAUAAAAAAAAUGAAAUCUUUCAAAGAAAAUUCAAAAGUUUCUUCUAUCUAUUAAAUUUCAGAAAAAACCCUUGUGUUUUAAAAAUAAAAAUCUUCAUUUAAGUGCUAAAAAAAAGUAAACUAAGCUUAACCAAAUUAACAAAUGUAAAAUGAAUCAUCUUAAAUAAAUGCACCAAACGCAAUACUGUAAAAAAAGAGUAAUCCCAAACUAUUUUAGAUUACUGGAUCUACUUAAAAUUUAGCUUAGACUAAGUAAAUAAGAAGUAGUUUCAGUAAUAAGCAGAGUAAUGACAAUUCAUUUGAUGAUUAAUCCUCUCCAACUUCUUCAGUUAUAAUGUCUAAUUACAAUAUGAAUAAUUUUAAAAUUAAGCAUAUAAAUUUAAAUCAUUAAAACUCUAUUUAAGACCUGAUUAAAUAAAAUAUAGCUUCUUUUAGGUAGAUUAAGCAUAAAAAUUUAUCUUAAUAAACAUAAAAGUAUUAAGAAAGCAGUUAAUUGAAAACAGAAAAAAGCUUAAUAACAAACGAAGGAGAGAAUUUAAAAACAUUAAAUUCAUAUAAAUCAUAAAAUUUUUAAAAUUAAAAUGAAGAUUCUUUUGAGUAUAAUAUUGAUUAAAUAAUAGAUGAAAACAAAACCAAGCUUCCUCGUUCUUCCAAAUCUACAAAAAAAAUAAAGACAAGACCAGCUAGCAAUAUAGAAAGAAAUACAAAAUCGUAAAAAUAAAAAAUAAAAACCAAGAACAAAGUAAAGAGCAAGAAAUGUGAAAUUGAACAAGAAAAUAUUUUUGACCAAGACAAGCAUAAUAGUUUAUUUUUUAAAGAUAAUUUGAUAAACUGCUUAAAAAAUAAUUGA